GCCGCGCUCCCCAUCCCUCGCUUCUUUCGACUGGAAAAACUUCCCGUCUUCACCUCCCCUGCUUUUGUCUGCCGGCGCGAUACAUGAUUGCUGUGUACUCGUCUUCGUGGUUCCAUUUCUUCAUUCUUUGACACCUAAUACCCUCCCUUUCUCUCUCCAUCUCCUUUGACAUCCGGGUCCCCCAAACCCUGCUCAUUCGAAAGCCUACCUGCCCAUCUAUUAAUUCUCUCACUUUCCCUUCCGUGCUAUUGUUUUCAUUGAAUUUCGGAACUUCGAUUUCAGCCUCCCUUUUUUUCCUCUUUCUGUUGCGGAACAACUUCGUCUUUGAUAUAGGGUUUACCUUUUGCCCGGCGUCUAGGCUAUGGCGUCGAAAAACGGUGCGGCCUCCUACGGCACAGGUGCUGAGUUGGAUGCUGCCGGGACGAGGAGAAGAAACGUACCUGGUGGAUCACUAGUCGGAGGCGAUAUCGUUGUGCCAGCACUGGAGGAUACUAAGAAACAGCAGAAGAUUGAUCAAGCUGGUGAUGUGGACAUCGAGGCUAUAGUAGCUCCGAUAUUCUUCACACUCUUGUCCUUCUUCACGAGGCUAUACAAGAUCGGGCAGUCUAAUAUCGUUACAUGGGAUGAAGCACACUUUGGAAAAUUUGGAUCUCAUUACCUUAAGCGCGAAUUCUACUUCGAUGUGCAUCCUCCGCUUGGAAAGAUGCUUGUGGGUCUCUCGGGUUGGAUGGCCGGGUAUAAUGGCUCUUUUGAGUUCAAGUCUGGAGAAGUUUACCCGGAAGGACUUAACUAUACCUUCAUGAGAGUCUUCAAUGCUACCUUCGGAGCUCUGUGUGUUCCUCUUGCCUACUUUACCGCCAAGGAAUUGAAACUUUCGAAGCCUGCGGUAUGGCUGGUGACUCUGAUGGUUUUGUGUGAGAACUCGUAUGCUACCAUCAGCAGGUUUAUCUUGCUCGAUUCUAUGCUUCUGUUCUUUACCUUCACUACUAUGCUUUGCUUCGCACGGUUCCACAGACUCCAAACCAAGUCUUUCUCGCCCCAGUGGUGGCUGUGGCUGGUUCUUAGCGGACUCUCAAUCGGUUGUGUCUGCAGUGUUAAAUGGGUUGGACUGUUUGUUACCGGAGUUGUUGGCCUUUACACUAUCGAGGACUUGUGGAACAAGUUCGGAGAUCUUAAGAUGCCCAAGAUUGUAUAUGCACAACAUUGGGUCGCUCGCAUUAUUGGCCUUAUUGUGAUCCCUAUGGUUGUUUACAUGUGGAGUUUCUGGAUGCACUUCGCUAUCCUCGAGAAUUCUGGCCCCGGAGAUGCCCAGAUGAGCUCUCUGUUCCAGGCUAACCUCAAAGGGACGGACCUUACCGAUAGUCCGUUGGAAAUCGCUCUUGGCUCACCGGGAAAUGUCAAUCUGCCUCAGUGGGGUUUCAAGCAGAUUGAGGUUACUUGUACCAAGAAGAAUAACCCAAGGGAUGUUUUUACCCACUGGAACGUCGAGAGCCAUUGGAAUGAAAAGCUUCCAAAUGCGGAUGUCAAGGCAUUCAGAUCGCCGUUUCUUCGUGAUUUCAUUCACUUGAAUGUUGCUAUGAUGACCUCCAACAACGCUUUGGUUCCAGAUCCCGACAAGCAAGACGACCUGGCAUCUGCUUACUGGCAAUGGCCGAUUCUUCACGUUGGGUUGAGGAUGUGCAGCUGGGAUGAUGGUAUCGUUAAAUACUUCCUUUUGGGAAACCCUAUGGUGUACUGGGGAUCGACUCUGGCACUCCCCCUAUUCUCACUUUUGGUCCUUUUAUACCUCAUCCGGUGGCAGCGUGGAUAUAACGAUCUGGAUGGCGAGGGAAUUGAUCACAUUCGCGCCGCAGGAAUAUACCCUCUUAUCGGUUGGGUCUUCCACUAUGUUCCUUUUAUCGCCAUGGCGAGAGUAACAUAUGUUCAUCAUUACUACCCUGCUCUUUAUUUUGCGAUCUUGGUAUUUGGGUUUCUUUUUAAUCAUCUCACCAAUAAGUUGCCCAAGACAGCAAAGUUGGCUGUAUAUGGUGUGGCCUAUGUGGCUAUCACCGGCGUUUUUGUGCUCUUUAUUCCAAUCUCGUUUGGUAUGACGGGCUCAUCAGAACAGUACAAGUAUUUGAAUUGGCUGCCUACCUGGAGAAUAUAAAUUUGUUAGAUUGGGGGGCUCGGGGAAAUGGUUGGCGGGUUGGCGCAUCAAAAUGUUACUAGAAAGUUAGUGUGCUAGGAAAAAAGCGGGAAAUAAUGAAAUAAAAAAGCAGCAAAAAAUAUAGUAAUUUCCUCUAUUUGUUCAUAGGUUCAAUUUCAUGUCUGUGUUUUGUUUUCGGGAAUUGGCGGGGUGUUCAGUGCUGUAUGGGUGGGUGGAUGCCACCUGUCAUGUCAUAAAAGAUUGUGUUUUGUAGCCUGUGUAA